GGCUGGUCUUCUAGAAGCUCUUGCUACAGGCAAAUUAAACCCAAAGCUGGCAUUUUUCCUUCUGCUGUGAUUGUUAAGUCUUCUAGCAUCCAACAACAAAUACCCUGUUCAUUGUUUCACAUGGAUAUUUUUGAAUGCGAAAAAUGCAGAAGUAUGAUAAUUUGUCAUAAAACUAAAAAGGGCAUAGGAAAGAAUGAAUUCACCUACUUUAUCAAUCCUAAUGGAGAACACAGGGUGUUUGGUACGGUUUCAGCUUUCGCCUUCUUCUUCUGCCGGAUUUACCUGCAAGAGAGGGACAAUGCGUCGGCGAAAGGACAUUUCACCACCCCCUUGAUUGCUUUGUAAAUAAGUAAACUGCCUUAAACACCCCUUUCAAGCCCUCUCGUGUAUCUUAAUUACCCCCAAAGUGUUCAACCUACAAACAGCUGCUUCUGCUUUUGCAACGCUUUGAUUUCUACUCCCAUCUAUAAUGGGAAGCGAGUAUAAGCGCAACUAUGAUAUUACCAUGUCCAAGAGAACAAGGAAACCCUUGAAUUUGGAAGAUGCUCCACAUGCCUCCAUUGUUAAUGCAAAUGGAAGUCCUCCUUCCCCACCAAAAGUUGUUCAAGACGAAGACAAUGAACGUAGAAGCCUGAAGCAACUCAUCAAUGGCGACUGGAAGGCAACGGAGGAGACAUCUGGUGAGGAGAGCAGAGGAAGGAGUUCGCUUGGUCACCACUUCACCCAAGAAGAGAAGCAGCUUCAGGUUCAGGUAGUGAAGAAGCAGCACCAAGAUGGGAAAUUCAAAGGGAUGAUGAGCCGCUAUGCCAAGGUUUUGCGCCAUAUGAUCAAAGUCAAGCGUGAACCACGCAUUGGAUCUCAGAAAAAGCAUCUCCUCCGCUUAACAAUGCAGGGUUAAGAUAUAGCAGAACAGAGUUUCUCAUCUCAUAGUUUGGUAUCAUAAAAAUAUGUUUAUAUGCCUUACUGUGUCUGGGGGUUACAGUUAAAAUCAUCUUUAUCUGUCUAUAUUAUUGUCUACAGAACAGCAGGUAAACAGUAAACUACUUCUGACUCUCUUUCCCCUGUUUUCUCGAAGCUCCCACUCUUUUCUUUUCUCGCUUUUACUGUUCUAUCCACAGAUGAAAAUCUUCACACGAAUUCAAAGAAAAGGUCAAUAUAGAAUUAUCCAUGAUAUUCCAAUCAUACUGAAAUCAAAAAUCAAGUUUCAUACUUUAAAUUGGAUUUCUACAUCUAAGUAUAAACGUGUUAAGUAUCCAAUGUCAAGGAUUCAGCGCAGACUGUCUAGAGGCAUAACAUCAAUGGCUUCCCGGAAAAAUGGACAAAUCACCUGCUGAUCUCUGCAACCUGACCUGCAAAUUAGAAGAAUGGUAUUGCUGGGCUGCAGCUUUCCUGGUUUAAUAAUUGCCUCAAAAGUCUCACUGCGCCCAAUAAAACAUGUUGCGUUUGUUUUCAGCAGGUAGGCACUUUCCAGAAAUCAUUCCAGAAGCGGUUCCAUCAAUGGUUUGGUAAGUCGGUAGUGAAGUUUCAUUGUAUAAGUGACAGCUACUCCAGCAAGUGAACAAAAUGCUGGAACAAGACCUAAACCAUAUCUUGUCACUGAAAUUGAGGCAUUUGUAGAAUAGUUUCCAACAACUCUAGUUGAGGUACCUGCAUCAGAAUACCUUU